GGCUAGAGUAACAGGACCUUUACUCUGAAAUGUUGCACAAAGUGCUCCCAGCUGUGACCCUGUCCUUCUGUGUGGCUGUGGGAAUUACAAUGAAGCCAGUGGCCAAUCUGAGUCCGAAGAAACUUAGGGUCCAAGCAUGGAGCUCGGUGCAAUUGCAAUGUGUCCUUGUGAAUGGCAGAGUGGAAGACUUUGAUGUGCAGUGGAUCGUGAGAAACAGGCGCCUACAGCCGAUUCAGCGAUUUCUAUCUUCAGUAGAUCCCAAAUAUAACAGCUACAUUCUCAGCAUCAGCAAGGUGCAGCAGAAGGAUGGUGGGAAAUAUCAUUGUGAAAUCCAAGCAAGAAAUCAAACCAUCAGCACAGCAGAAAUGGACAUAAAGGUACAAGAAGCCGGGUCUCCAGAUUUGGUUCCUGCUAUCCUGGGAUGUAUGCUGGGUUUCCUUCUGCUCCUGAUCAUUGCUGUAAUCAUUUUGUUCUAUGUAAAACGAUGGGUGUGUUUCACAAACACAUCAACACACAACAGGGCUACAGAUGAAGAGGCCAACGCCACAGUUGAUGCAACAGUUUAUGGUGAGCAAACACUGAAAUUUUAUGGUAACAGUCAAAUGAUGAUCAAAUCCAUUAUGCUGAACUGCAGCUCGGACAAGGCACUAACAGUCCACCAGUAA